CCCUUUGCUAUCGACUUCAGCCAAGAGUAAGGACGUCUGGUCCCCAUAGACUUAGCCAUAUCGGCACCUGUCAUAAAAGCAGUAGUCAUUCCUUUCUCAAUCAUUAACGAUCUUCCCCCCGAAACAAUAUCUGGUUUGGACCACUCCCCACAGCGGCACUACAAUAAAGAAGGUUUGUCUUACCUGCACCGAACACCAGUGGAUCAAGCGUCGGUAUUUAUUUCAGGCUCGUCUACAACAGCACUCUCAAAUUCACCCACUCUGUCUUUCCGUGACGCUCUUUCUUCCUUUGAUGGUCAGGAAGAUGGAUCUGCAGUGGAUAGUCCCGUCUCGUCAUCUUCGUCGCGGGAACCGUCUCUAGAUGUCUCAGCAGAUGGCAUGGAUGUUGAGUUUGCAGACCCAUCCAUGGAGUCCGUCGUACUUUCAGAGGAGUCCGUUCCGCGACGUACUUUACGGAAACGAGUCAUAACCAGCAAGGGAUCAUCAUUGCGAUUCAAGCCCGCUUCCGUUUCUGCCAUCACAUCACGUCAUGGGACUACUUCUGAAGACAAUCUCAAGAAGAAAGCAUAUAAACAAGCAUUUUUACAAUCUGCGGCUCGUGCUCAAAGCGAGAGAGAGACUAGAGUACGGGAGCUGAAGAAACGCGCGUUGGCAAUCACAUCUACUGGAAAGACUCCCGCAACCUCACGCCAACGCCUCGUAAUGCAGAUGGUUUAUGAUGAGAUUACCCCGUACCCUGACGAAGCUUGGGUGUCCCAGCUGGGCGUCAUCAUAAACAGGGAAUAUCACCAAGUUAAGAAUUGCCCGCCUGCUCCUGCCAGUCUCGAAGCAUCUUUAUGCAAGAUCAUAUGCGACGGACGUGAUUUGCGCUUGCGCACUGCCGCACUGAAUUCAUGCAGGGCGGAAGAUUGGUCUGAUACCUUCUUUGAUGAAGUAGUCAUGAUUUACAAUUUCCGUCUUCUUGCAAAGCACAGUCAAGAAGAGGCAAUGGCAGCUCUCGUUGAAUCUGAGCCUGAUGUGGCUAUACCCUCAUAGCCAACCACUGUCUAUCACCUUUCAUCUCAUAUCAUCCGUCACUCUUACUUUAUGUAUCUCAGACGCUUUCUGUACUUUCUAAUCGUGGGUAUACGUACCUGUUAUCGUAUGGUCACCGUUAAUGAUAAUCAACAACCAAUCAU